UUGAUAUAGCUGGGGAAUGGCAGAAGUUGAGAUUAGGGGUUGAAAACUAGGUAGGGGUGAAGAAGUCAGGGAUGUUGUGAUUGCUGGAAAAGUAUUUAAAUUCCAGCUAACCCUAUAGUACUGCUGACCUAAGGACAAGCCAGGAAGAGCUCAAGCCUCUAGUAUAUGGAAAUAUGUCCUUAAAAGACCUGCCUCUGAGGACUCGGAGCUUCUUGGAUCUUGUGAUGGAAUUGGAGAAACUAAAUCUGGUUGCUCCAGAUCAACUGGAUUUAUUAGAAAAAUACCUAAAGAACAUCCACAGAAUAGACCUGAAGACAAAAAUCCAGAAAUACAAGCAGUCUGCUCAAGGAGCAGGAACAAGUUAUGUCAAUGCUCUCCAGGCAUCUCUCCCAAACUUGAGUCUUAAGGAUCCUUCAUAUAACUUAAGAGUAAGUCUGGAGCAAAUGUAUGGAAUCUCAGCAUGAAAUAACUUUGAUUCAGAAAUUUGAUUAAAAAUAUACGUAUUCUCACAUUCACCUUUUAUAAUAUCUGAAAAAAAAUUGUAAUAGAAAUGUGCAUUUCUCUUUAAAAUAUAUAUAACUUCUUAUGAUUACAAAGCUAAUAUGUGUUUAUUGAGAUAAUUUGGAAAAUACAGAGAAAUACAAAAGAGGGAAAAUAGAUCACCUCUAGCCUACCUCUCAAAGAUAACCAUUGUUAAUAUCUUGUUAUAUUCCUUUCUAGUCUUUUUUCUUUUUGUGUGUGUAUUAUAUGUACAGUUGAACAUUUUUUUAUUGUUCAUUUGUUCCUUUGAAAAUUUAGCAUUUUAAAUAAAAAUUACGUAAGACAUGCCCAUGGAGAAAAUAAUUCAAAAUGUACUGAAAGAGUUUUUAAAGUGUUUCCUCCUAC